CAAAUAGCUUAUCCAUCCAUUCACCUCUUCUUCCUCCUCGUCGUCAUCUUCAUCUUCAUUCAUUCUUCUGUGUCAUCAUCUUCAUCUUCUUCUAAUGGAUGACGAUGGAGUACCAUUAAAACACAGACGAAAACCAUCUCUAUGCAUCUCAUGUUGUUUCCGAAACAACCAUAACAACCAUGAACACAUAGCAGCAUCUCCAUCGCCAUCUCCAUCUCCAUCACCAUCACCGGAUUUCAACAACCAUUUUAAAUCAUUUAGAUCUACGCUGAAAUCUCCGACUUCGUGGCUUAAAUCAAGAGUGAAUCAUCAUAACACUCGUCCUCAUCAUGAGUUCCCGGAGUUUAAAGAGAAAUGUAAGAAUUUAAUGGGUAAGGUGGGUAGGAAUCGAAGACAUUCUGCUGAUUUCAGGUAUGAUUCGAUUAGUUAUGCGCUUAAUUUUGAUGAAGGUGUUUCUGAUGAUACGCAUCCUGAUUAUUAUCAAGAUCAGUUUCCUAUGAGGAAUUUCUCUUCACGGUUACCUGCUUCUCCGCCGGAUACUCCAACUGCAAAAAAAUCUUCAUCGUCUUCUUCUAAUUCUUCAGUUCUCGUUUCGCCUAGAGAGAUCACUGCCUACAGUUAGGGUAGGGAUUCAUUUCUCUGUGUUAAAAUUAAAUUUCUUAUUAUGGGUGAAGAUUGAAGAACCAAAGAUUUUGAGAUUUUAUUCUCUUCUUUUAUUCUCUGUGUAGUUAAAUAUCUUCUGAAAUAUAUGUAUGGAUUUUUUUAAUAUCUUUUUUUUUUGGGUGUAAUUUGGGAUAAUCCGCUGCUAAAUGUGCCGGUGAAAAUAUAUACCGCCGGUGAAUGGUGCUCGUUUGUGUAAUUUCAAGCUUUGUUGGUCUAUCUGAAGAGUUUUUGUUUGAAA